AUGACGUCUGCAUCUGCCACAAUGGCCUGGAGAGCCGGUCUCCGGGCUCGUUCGCUCCCCGCAGCCCGAUGGUCGCAACGCCCAUCGGCAUUGCUACCGAAGCGAGCCGAGCGCUUGCCUGGUGCUGUGCGCUAUGCUUCGGACUCGGCUCCUGGUACAGCUACCGAGCCCGUGAAGGAGGCUGCCAAGGAGCUGCCUAAGCGCGCAGCUCGUAAAUCCCGGAAGGGUCUUUAUGGCACCUCGUUCGCUCUGGCACUUUUGGUGGGCUACAUCUAUGGAACUGAUACCCGGGCUAGCAUCCACCGCUAUGCUAUGGUGCCUUUGAUCCGAAUGCUGUAUCCCGAUGCGGAGGAGGCGCAUCACUUUGGUGUGGAAAUCUUGAAGUCGCUCUACGAAUACGGAAUGCACCCCCGGGAACGUGGUAACCCCGAUGCCGACGGUGCUCUGGCUACUGAGGUCUUCGGCUACACCCUCUCCAACCCCAUCGGUAUCUCCGCCGGUCUGGAUAAGCACGCCGAUAUCCCCGAUGCCCUGCUCGACCUCGGUCCCGCCAUCGUCGAGGUCGGCGGUACCACCCCGCUGCCUCAAGACGGAAACCCCAAGCCCCGAGUCUUCCGCCUGCCCUCCCAACACGGAAUGAUCAACCGAUACGGCCUCAACUCCAAGGGUGCCGACCACAUGGCCGCCGUCCUAAAGCAGCGUGUUCGCGACUUUGCCUACGCCGCUGGCUUCGGUGACCACGAGGGGUCUGAGCAGCAUGUCCUGAACGGAGACGCUAAUGUUCCUCCUGGCAGUCUGGUCCCGGGCAAGCUGCUCGCCGUGCAGGUAGCUAAGAACAAGCUCACACCGGACGGUGACAUCGACGCCAUCGCGCGCGACUACACCUACUGCGUGGACCGUGUUGCUCCCUACGCUGAUAUCCUCGUCGUGAAUGUCUCCAGCCCUAACACCCCCGGUCUCCGCGAUCUGCAAGCCGCUGCACCCCUCACAGCUAUCUUGACAGCCGUCGUCGGCUCAGCUAAGAGCAUCGACCGUAAGACUAAGCCCUUCGUCAUGGUCAAGGUCAGUCCCGAUGAGGACUCAGACGAGCAGAUCUCUGGUAUCUGUGAGGCAGUUUGGAACUCCGGUGUCGAUGGUGUGAUCGUCGGUAACACUACCAACCGCCGACCUGACGCUAUUCCUAAGGGUUUCGCUCUCCCUGAGAAGGAGCAACAGACUCUUAAGGAGACGGGCGGUUAUUCCGGCCCGCAGCUCUUUGACCGCUCCGUUCCUCUGGUCGCUCGUUACCGCGCCUUGCUUGACCAGGGUCCGCCAUCCGAGUCUGCUGAUGCCGCUCAGCAGCCACGCAAGGUGAUCUUUGCUUCUGGUGGUAUCACCAAUGGACAGCAGGCACGUGCUGCCCUUGAUGCCGGUGCCUCUGUUGCAAUGAUGUACACUGGUAUCACAUAUGGCGGUAUUGGUACGGUGACCCGCGUCAAGGAGGAGAUGCGUGAGCUGCUGAAGAAAUAA